ACUAUUAUAUUCUCACUAUCUUAGUAGAUACAAUGCUUGAAGCUACCGCGUUGACACAGUUUAAAUAUUAAAUAAAUAUUUAUUUACGAUGAAGACAGAUGUUUUGUUGUUGUACAUGUGUGUGUUUGUGUGUGGUUUGUGUGAGUGUAAGACGUUUACGAGAUGUAGCCUAGCUACUGAGCUGGUAAAGACGAAAUUGAUUGAGAAAACAUUUUUGGGAAAUUGGGUGUGCCUGAUAGAGAAGGAAAGCAACCGGGAUACUAAAGCCUUCAUGGAGACCGCGAGUGGGAAGAAGUAUUAUGGCCUUUACCAGAUUCCAAACCGGUGGUGCAGAGAAGGCAAGAAGGGUGGGGAUUGUAACAUCAAAUGUGAAUUACUACUAGAUGACGACAUCAGGGAUGACACCGAGUGCGCAGUGAACAUCUUCCACAAGGAAGGAUUCAAGUACUGGCCCAAAUGGACUACUCGAUGCAAGAAUGACAACUUUAUCACUACUGAAAUUUAUAAAUGUCCAGACCUGUCGACCCGUUCUGAAGAUUUGUUGAGGUCUGAGAGCCUCAGAAGACGGAGAAAGCAGGCCAGGGUAGGCAUGAAACUAGUUACUUCGCCCAAGACUUACUUUGUGGACCACGUGCUUCGAGGGCAAGCUAUAGCUGCAUCGUAAAUACCAUAUCGAAAGAAUAUAAUUCUUGUUACCACUUAUUAUGGCUGCCUCAUAAAAAAAUCGAAAAUGAAAAAUGCAUAAUCAUCGUUAACGAAGGAGGUAUGUUUAGAAUAAUCGUCGGUGAUUUACAUUUUUAUAUCGAUUUGUUAUUUUUGUAUUGAUUUUUGAAUUUGUUUUGGAAUAAACCUAUACUUGUUGAUU